CACUGCUUCUAGGGUUUAGAAAGACUUUUAGAAGAAGCAUGCAGAUUUAAAGUGAGUGAGUUGUGCAGUGGGAUAAAGUGAUUGCUUCUGGACAAAAGAACCUUGAGGCACCUCCCCAGAGCCUCCCACUCAGCAGACACAUUGCAGACAUUGCAGCCUGAAGAAAGGUAGCCACGGGAGGAGUAGAACAUUCCUAUGACUGGGUUCGACAUGGGCAAAUGCCCUUACUGGGAAUGGAAUUACUGAGGUGAAGAACUAAAAUACAAGGAGUCUUCAAAAAGUUCACGGAAAAUGAAAAUAUUCUAAAACAGGAUUAUCAUUACAGUUGCACAGCUGUGAAUAUAUUGAGCCAUUGAGACCCACCUGCAAUGGCACAAAUGCACUGCUUCAGCUGCCAUGACUACAAUGCCAGGAAUGGACCAGACCACACUGGAGACCGGUCCUGAUGUUCUGCAGGCAAGCCAGCUUUCUUAUCUACAAUCAUAUCUGUGGACUAGGAUGCCAGAGAAGUUUCUGAAGGGAGAACCGAAAGUCCUUGGGGUUGUACAGGUUCUGAUUGCCCUGAUGAAUAUCAGCUUUGGAAUAAUAAUGAUGACUGUCACAUUGCCUUUCUAUGGACAUCAACCCAUAUCAGUGUACAUAGGGUACACAGUUUGGGGGUCAGUGAUGUUUCUUAUUUCAGGGUCCUUAUCAAUUGCAGCAGGAUUGAAUACAAAAGGUCUGGUUCGGACAAGUCUAGGAUUUAACAUCACCAGUUCUGUCUUGGCUCUAUCAGGGAUCUUAAUAAAUGCAUUUAGCUUGAGCAUUUAUUCAUUCACUUUCUAUUACUGUAAUUAUCAUUCAAAUGGAGAAAAUUGUUCCAUGACCGCAUCUAUUUUAUUGGGUCUGGAUGCUAUUGUGCUCAUUUUAAGUGUGCUGGAGUUCUGCAUUGCUGUGUCCCUCUCUGUCUUUGGAUGCAGAGUCACCUGUUGUAACUCUGGGGUUGUGUUAGUUAUGCCAUCAAAUCCUCACAUGGCAGAAACAGCAUCCCCUGCACUACCUAAAUAAGGUUUGAUGCCACCAGCAAAUGAAAAGAAAAAUGCUCCAGAAAAUCUAUGCUGACUGUAAAGUAAGAAACCCACGUGGGAACCCCAUAUAUCCAACUCUGAUGUAUACAUACAAUAAAUUCAGAAUUAUGUUCUCAUUUUUUUCCCAAGAACUCAUUUCACUCACUGUUUAUCAGAAAAUCAGAAAUUAAAUAAGUCAACCAUGCAUUUAGUGAAUAAACAGCACUCGAAAGAUUUUUUUUUUCCAUCUUCAAGACUUUAUUUAAGUGUGUUAAGGAAAUAAGAUUUGUCAGUAAAAGGACAAAAUUGUGUUGCUGAAAUGAGGCUUCCAUGAAGACUGCGUAUUUCUGCUUCCCUGU